AUGGGGACCGCGCUGGAUGCCGCGGCCUUUGGGUCGGUGGACGGCGUGGUCGGGGAGAUCAUGCGGCUGCACCGCUCCCUGCCGGCGCGCCCGGCGCUGGAGGAGGUGGAGGCCGCCGAGGCGCUGGCGCACGCCGCCGACCGGGAGGAGCGGGCGCGCCUCGACGCCGUCGCGCGCCUGCGCAGGCCGCCCGCCGUCCCCGACGAGCUCUUCGGCGUCGCCCUCGAGAUGCACCGCGCGCUCGCCGCCUUCCACUGCCGGGAGCAGAAGCGCGACGCCACAAGGCUCCUCGAGCUCGACGCGCUCCACGGUCUCUUCGACGACCUCAUCCAGCGCGCGUCGCAGUGCGUGCCGUCCAGCUCCAGCUCCACCCGCGCCGCGCCGCGCGUCACUGCUUCCAAGGCCGCUGUGACCACCGCUGCCGCUUCGUCUUCCUCCUCCGCCGCGUCGUCAUCAGCGGUGGCUGCGGACAGCAGCGCUGACCGCUACUCGUCCAUGGGCGCUAAUGGGUUCAGUGCACCGAGGAUGGUGACCGGCGUUGGGCGCGUCUCGAUGGACGACAGCUACGUCAAGAAGGCCAAGGCCGCAGUAUGGGACGACGGGGUUGUGGCAGCGAGCUCUCAUAUGCCGCGAGGAGCAGUUGCUGCAAACUCAGUGGCGACUCGUGUGGAAGGCGGUUAUGGAGAUGACAACGAGAAAUUGACCCUCAUUAAGCUAGCUAGCAUGAUUGAAGUGGCUGCAAAGAAAGGCGCUCGUGAUCUCAACCUGCAAGGAAAACUCAUGACCCAAAUCGAGUGGCUUCCUGAUUCAAUUGGAAAACUCACUGGACUUGUCACCCUUGAUAUUUCGGAGAACCGGAUCUUGGCCUUGCCAGAAGUAAUUGGGAGGCUUUCAUCUUUGGCCAAGCUUGACGUUCAUUCUAAUAGAAUUGCUCAGCUUCCUGAGUCGAUUGGGGAUCUUUCCAACCUGAUAUAUCUCGACCUGAGGGGUAAUCAGUUUGCAUCAUUGCCAGCCAGUCUUGGUAGGCUGGUGAAGCUUGAGGAGCUUGAUGUGAGUGCAAACCAUCUUACCUCACUCCCUGACUCAAUUGGAAGCCUUACGCGUCUGAAGAAGUUGAUUGUCGAGACAAACAACCUUGAUGAGUUGCCGUACACUAUAGGCAAUUGUGUAUCACUGGUGGAAUUGCGGGCAGGCUACAAUCACCUCAAGGCCCUCCCAGAGGCUGUCGGAAAGCUAGAGUCUCUGGAGGUCCUCUCUGUGCGAUACAACAGUAUUAGGGGGCUUCCAACAACAAUGGCAUCUCUCACAAAGCUGAAGGAGGUUGAUGCAAGUUUUAAUGAGCUCGAGUCUAUUCCUGAGAACUUCUGCUUCGUUACUUCUCUUAUUAAACUGAACGUCGGGAACAAUUUCGCUGACCUGCAAUCCCUCCCUCGUUCUAUUGGCAACCUUGAGAUGCUGGAAGAGUUGGAUAUAAGCAAUAACCAGAUUAGGGUGCUUCCUGAUUCUUUCGGAAACCUGCAGCAUCUCCGUGUGCUCCGUGCAGAAGAGAACCCUCUGCAAGUGCCACCAAGAGAUGUAGCUUUAAAGGGAGCUCAGGCUGCUGUUCAAUACAUGACUGAAUAUGUUGCCAAGAAAGCCACAAGGUCACAACCAACGAAGACAAAGAAGACUUGGGCUCAGUUCUGCUUCUUCUCCCGGCCUAACAAAAGAAAGCACGACCGGAUAGACACCGCGUCGUGA